AUGUCCGAUAUCACUGCCGUUGUUCAAAACAAAGAGGACAAAGCUUAUGUUCACCCGAUCGAGAAACGCUAUGUUUCUAAGCUGAACGAGAAAAGCUUAGAUAUGUGCACUGAGAGCCUCGGUACUGAAACUGGAAGCGAGAGUGGUGACGAGUUGUCGUUGCUUGUGUUUGAAGCAACCAUUACUCCUAGGGCUCCUUCUCCUCAGCCGAAACUUCAAGAAGACGAAAAGUACGCUAACUUGCUAGCCAAGAAAUCAACGAUGAGUCGCAGCAAAAGUUUCCCUCCGCCGUUAAAGUUCAUUGAAGGAUCAAACUAUAAUCGUAUGGUGAGAUCGAUCGGAGAAGAUGGUCGUCUUGUUGUUCAAGCAAUUAGGAUUUCGUCUCCGCCUCGUUGUUUCGUUGCAGAACGUGGUGAAGGAAGGCUUCGUCUCAUUUUAUCGUCCGAAAGUUCUUUACGUGGGCAAAAUCAUGAUGAAGAGGAAGAGGAAGAGGAAGAGAAGGAGGUCCAAGAGGAAGAAGACGAAGAUGAAACAGAGGAGAGCAUGGAGGAGGAAUAUAGUGAGAACUUGGAGGGUAAGAAAGGAAAUAAGAAGUUUAGCAGGUUAAGCAGCCGAUGCAAUGAGAGUGGUCGCGAGCCUAAACCGACAAUGCUUACAUGGAAGCAGCAGCAGUUUUGGGUCGCCACUUAA